GCUUCGUUUUCUCUCUUGAUUUGUUGUUUUCUGAAAUCAAAGUUCGAACUCGUUUUGAAGAUAAUGGAUCCUUCAAGCUCAGAUUCUGCGCUGAAUCCAGGCGAUGUGGAUUAUGAAUUUGAAUCUAACGAAGUUCCUGAGCCUCUCUCUGUUGUUGAUGACGAGCUUGUUCCGAAGGUCGGAAUGACCUUUAGGACCCUUGAAGAUGCCGGAAAAUUUUACAGGAACUACGCCAAGGCUGCAGGUUUCUCUACAAGAGUUCGGUGCACAAAUAGGAAGGGAAACGAGAUUAAGAAUCAACUGAUUACAUGUAGCAGAGAGGGAAAAUGGAAAUCUAAAAUAUCUCCAACCGAGAAGACCAAUCCGACAGCCGGUUUAAACUGUCCUGCAAGAAUUUAUAUACACACAUUGAAGGAUGUCGGUGCUUGGAUCAUUUCAAAGGUUGUGCUGGAUCAUUCACACCCCUGCUGUCCAAGCAAAGCAGAGAUGCUCAAACAGCACAGGGAACUAAGCAUGUCCAUUCGUCGUACGAUAGAGAAUAACGACGAGGCCGGUAUCAGACCAAGCAAAACCUACCAAUCAUUUGUUGCGGCUGCUGGGGGUCACCGAGAGAGUUAA